UAACAAAUCAAGAUGGCGGCAGCCAACUUGACGUUUUAGGGGUCAUAAGAUUUUUUUAAUUUUUUACUUUUAUUUAAUUUUCUGCGUAUAAAUUGGUCUUAAACUAAAAAUAGUGAAGAACGUAAGUCAAACUAAAUUGAAUGUAACAAAGAAAAAUAUUGAAACUUUUAAAACCAUUGUUAAGCACUACAAAGAAGUGCCCUUUCAGUGCCUUUUUAUAAUGAAAAUUUCAUUAAUAUUAUUAAAAGGCAGUAGAUACUGAAAUUCAAAAUUAUCAGAUACAUAUCUAUUGGAUAUACAGAAUCCAAACUCAAUGUUGAACACGGAAUCUAGAAUCUGCCACUUUUGAAACAAUUGACACGAAAAUCUUCAGAAAUGGAAGCGAUGCAAUAUGAAAUGGCUCGAAAUAUGACUCUUCUAUUCUUCUUUGAACGUUUACUUGAUAAAGGAGAACCUAGAACUUUACAUGAUUUGAGUUGUCAAUUUGGGUCAAAAGGAUUUACCAAAGAAAUGAGACAGAUAGCGGGAGGAAGCCAAAGUGGCCUUAAGAAGUUUUUGGCUCAGUACCCUUCGCUGUUCAGUAUGGAUGGGGAUUAUGUUACCAUCAAUAAGUUUCAACAGAGCAACAAUAAAGAUAGUUCAGGUGGAAAAGAUUACAAUACACAGGCAAUAGAAUAUUUUUCCGAAAAACUGGCCCAGUAUGGUGAAGGAACUGAAGUGCCCAUACGAAGUCUUUUGGGUCAUAGAUCCCAAGCUAGUCCAGAAGUACGCCAUGUAUCUGGACAACACUUCCAUGAAUUCAGGGAUUUCCUAUUGAAACAUCCUGAUGCUUUUACUAUUGAUGACGAGAAGGAAACUGUAGUUUUAGCAAACUUUGAAUCUGUAAAAAGUCAUUGUCCUCCAGAACUGCAUUUUCAACCUGAUGUUAAAAUAGACCCACAAGAGACACAGACUUUACUAGAUUUUUUAGCCCAAUGUAUAGAGGUGAAAGGCCCCAUUCUCGUUGAUCAGCUAUUCCAAAUUGUGAGUUGUAAUCUUGCAGAGAAAAUCUGGUCGAAUUUAUUCAACACUCCAACACACUUUACCAGUUUCCUGAGAUUGUUUUCAGACAGCUUCCACAUACACUCUAAUUUAGUAACACUCUUACAACCACCAAAAAUAAAUCAAAAACAUAUAUUGACACAAGUUACAUUAAUUAAAGAACACAAAAAUAUUGAAGAUAUAAAAAAUGUGCAAAACUUGUGGAUUGAUACAAAUAAUGACAACCUAGAUAAAUUGGAAAAUCAGGAAAAACCAGAAAAAUUGUCCCCUCCACCAAUGCCACCAACAGAAAAAGAGAAAGAAAAAGUUCACUUUGUACAACUGUCUCCAAAAUCUAUCAGUGAUAGGUUGAAACAACCAAAACUUCAGCAGAAAUUGAAUGAAGCCCAAAUGAAAUCACUGAGCCCAGAGCCAUCUUCAUCGCCAGAAUCCUCCUUGUCUACUCCUUUCAAUGGACAAAAUGAAGAAAAUAAAAUCGAAGUGAAUUUCAAAAUUGGUAAACCGGGUAAACCAUCUUUAGACACUCAGGUGAACCAAGUUAUGUUUAAUCCUCAAGCUGAGCCCCAAAAGUAUGGUACAAAACCGAAUUCAACGUAUAAUCAAUCUUUAAAACAAAGAAUAAACAACCUGGUAUUGAAGACCCUUCAGGAAAAUACUGGUCGUGAACGUCAGAGUCUCUUGAAUCAGAAUAUGCCCCAAACUGAUUCAUGGAAAUCAAAACUAUUUCAAAAUACUCGUGUAAUAUGCAGUAUUCGUGAAUGUCAAUUGGUUACUGAGGAUAUACUUAAAAAGGUUAAUAGAUAUAAAGAUACCCCCUGGCCAUUUACUUGUGAUAGGGUUGUUGUCGCAUUUGAUUGUGAAGGGAUUAAUUUGGGAGUCAAGGGGCAGUUAACUCUUAUGCAAAUAGCUACAAUGAAUGGGUUUUCUUAUGUUUUUGAUUUGAUAUCCUGCCCACAAAUGAUAGAGUACGGACUGAGGACAUUGUUGGAAUCUCAAGAUAUUGUGAAGAUUGUUCAUGACUGUAGAAACGACUCGGUAAAUCUAUAUAAUCAAUAUAAUAUAACAUUAAGAACAGUCUUCGAUACUCAGGCUGCCCAUGCAAUUUUGACAUAUCAGGAAACUGGUCGACCUGUCUAUAAGGCCAAAAGUAUUGCGCUGAAUGCCUUGUGUGAAUGUUAUGGUGCUCCCAUCAACCCUAUGAAAGAACAACUCAAAAAUAUUUACAAGAGGGACCAAAAAUAUUGGUCAAGAAGGCCUUUGACAAGAGAAAUGAUUUUGUAUGCUUCAGCUGAUGUUUUGAGUUUGACCAGUGAUAAGAUUUACUAUCAGAUGACCAAGGCUAUUAAAGAAGAAAACAAGUCUUUAAUGUUGGAUCUUUGUGAAGAACAGAUUUUUAUGCAAAUAAGUCCAGAUACUGUGAAAAUGAAGAAACGUCAGAGGAAAACUGAAACUGAAGUUGCAGAACUGAGGCAGAAAUUAGCUCAAGCUACAAAAAGUGUUGUUUUGAGUAACAGGGAAGUAAGGUUACUUAGGUACAUUGAACUCACCGAUGAUGAAAAAGAAAAAUUAAAGUCGUCUGCAAAGGUCGCCAAAAAACUGGAGAAGUUAGAGAGUUUGGGUCAGGACCGAGAUGGAGAUAGUUCAGAUGAAGAUGCAGAUAAUGAUCAAGACUACCCUAGUCUGGAAAGUGAUAUAACAUCGCCUCGUAACUCUGAACCAACCAGUCUCACAGAAUCUAUGCAACUUGUUGAUUCCAUAUUAAAUGAUAGUAAGAUUGAUCGAAUAGAUAAAAUUGAUAGGUUGGAGUCUAUAUUGAGCAGCGCUGCGCUAUUACCUAGUGAAAAUUCUAGUAAAUGCAUAUGCAAUUGUCACGGUAAGCUGAAUAAUGGAUACAAACAAGAAAGGGUAAUGUCUCCUACUAAUGAGUAUGUUAGUAGUGUUAAGGAUAAUGACCCAGGUGUGGCUAAGGAAAAUCACCAAAACGUUGGCACUCAAACACUUAGCACUGGAGAUAUAGUUGUGACCAAAAUUUUUUUCAAUGAAACCACUGAGUAGUAGUCGAUGUCAGACUACUAUCAAUAUUAUAUCGGUAGUUUCAGGCACUAAUCAGUAACGAUACAAGGUAUAAUGAAAGUAUAUAGUUGUUUCAAGUGAAAAUGCUCAAUAACACAAUUUUUAUAGUGAUUUUCAAAACAAAGGCCUUAUAAUUUUUUUUUAGGUAAAUUGUAUAUAUAGUCACAAAUAAGGUAGCUAGUGGAAGUUUCUUAGGAUUUAACUGUACUUAAAAUUUCAAGAACAUAUUUUCUAGCUUAUUGGAUUGAAAAAUGUUUAUACCCAAAAGUUUUUUAUCAUAAGUGAAUUGGGAUGCUGCAAGUAUGUAGCUUAUUUUAGUUUGAAUGUCUGUUUAACAAUGUUACGUGAUUAUCCUUUUGAGCUUCGGGUAAAAAUUCUUCUUGAAUAAUAUGAGUUUGUGUCUUGAUAUCUACACCUUACAUUCCACUUUUUUUUAAUGAAAAAUUGAUUAUAACUUCUGGUACCUUCGAGUAAGUAAAUUAAAAGACGAAGUGGCUACAACACUGUUCUCAGGAUAACAACUGAAUCUCUUUAAAAUCAUAAUUGCUUGAUACAAUGAAAAAACUCGAAGACAUUUUCACAUAACAGAAUUUUAAGCAUAUUUUUUAUCAUUAAAAAAAGUUGAAAAGAAAUUAUUAUAUUGAUUAAUCCUUUAGAUAGUACACUAAUAAAUUUUGUUUUGUUAUACUUUAAUAAAAUAAUACUUAUAAGGUGAAAAAAAUCGCUAACAAUUCUCAUGGCAGUUCUCAAUUAUGACUUCAAACACAUACGUUCAUAAUUUUAAAGCCAGACAUUUCAUUCGCAGAUAAAUUAUCUAUGACUAAAAUAAAAAUGGUAAAUAGAAAAAUGCACAGUUACAUAAAAUUUAUUGUGAUUCAAUUAAUUUAUUUGAAAUUCAUAUUUGUAGCUGUGCAUAAGUAUGUUUGCUGCCAUAUUUAUCAGUUUACUAUUUUAUAUAUUUACAUAAUUGUUACAAAAGGUGAUAACUAAUAUUAGUGAUAUAAUUUUAAUAGAUUCGGAAAAUUUUGAUAUUCAACAUUCAAUUAACUAGUGACAUAUAUUUAUGAAAAUUCAUAAUUAAAACGAAAAUAUUAUAGAGCACUUACAUUUCAAAGUGGGAUAUCAUUAUUUUCUGAAAUCCAUAUAUAUUUUUUUUGUAUGGGGUACGUCUAAUUAUUUUUAAUCCCUAUUAAUUAAUUUACGUGUUUUCUGAUUAUUUAUUGUUGUUGAUGUUGAACAUUAGAGUGUAACAGCUAUUAUGAAGAAUAUACUCGACUUGUUUGGAACUUAAACAAAGGCUUUCGAAAGUGUAUUAGCUUGUCCUGGAUAUGUAGAAUAUUUCUAAACAAAACAGACCUAAAAUCAUUCUGAAUAUGUUUAAUAAUAACGGAUUCCAAAGUUCUUGGAAUGAGCAUUAUAUUCUGAAAUAUUCAUGUGAAUUAUGAAUAUAUUCUUGAUGAUUUUAGUGUCCCUGGUAAUAUUAUGGUGAUACAAUGAAACUAGGCCUAGAGAGACAUGGAUAACAGUUCUGUCAAACAUAAAUUGAUAUUUAUUGAAGAUAUUUGAGUGCAGUGAUAUAUUAUUUUCAUUCAGUCUUCAGUGAUAUAAUAAAAUAUUUAACAGUCUUAUCAUCUUAAAUACAUUUUAAGAGGGCUAAGACCAAUUAUUCUAAUCAAAAAGCAAUAAUUAUGUAUUUUUAACAUACAUUAUGUUUGCUGGUAAUGGUUUUUUAUUUAUAAUGUUUUUCUAAUUGAAUAAAAGUCAUAUAUGUA